AUAAAUGCCUCUCUCUUUUCUCUCAAUUCUCCCCUCUUCUCUCUCUCUCUCUCUCUCUCUUAGGGCACCAUCGAGAUCUCCUUUCAGGCUGCAGCCAUGUCCUCGGGCCGAUACAUGGCGUAUUCUCCUUCUCCCUCCACUGCUCCUCACUCUCCUCACAUCUCGGGGAUCCGAAACGCUACCAGUGUCCUCGCUGAGCAAGAAAAGUAUCUUUCAGAGUUGUUGGCGGAGCGCCACAAGCUUAGUCCAUUUAUGCCAGUGCUUCCACACAGCUAUCGCUUGCUGAACCAGGAAAUUUUGCGUGUAACUACACUGUUGGGGAAUGCAUCUCUUUUAGAUCAAAGUGGGCUUGAACAAGGUAGCCCCUUGACUACUGGUGGAUUAUUUUCAAAUGGAGCAGCAGCUGAUCUGAAUGGGUGGGCAUCGCCAUUUCAAUCAGAAAGGUUGGGGUUCUUACAACCUUCAUCGGCAACUAGUUGGCUUGGUUCGCAGGGUAGCUCCUCGAGUCUUGUCGUCAAGAAAACAAUGAGGGUUGAUAUUCCUGUAGACAAGUAUCCUUCUUGUCUUAUGCAGUUUAACUUUGUUGGUCGACUCCUUGGUCCUAGAGGAAACUCCCUUAAGCGAGUUGAAGCAAGUACUGACUGUCGUGUCCUGAUCAGGGGGCGUGGCAGCAUCAAGGAUCCAACUCGGGAGGAUAUGAUGAGAGGGAAACCAGGGUAUGAGCACUUGAACGAACCCCUUCACAUUCUGGUAGAGGCAGAGUUACCAGUUGAUAUUAUUGAUACCCGUUUGAUGCAAGCCCGCGAGAUCUUGGAAGAUUUGCUCAAGCCUGUGGAUGAGUCCCAAGAUUUUUUCAAAAAACAACAGCUGAGAGAGCUAGCUAUGCUUAACGGUACCCUUCGUGAGGAAGGGUCAAGCAUGUCUGGCUCAGUAUCCCCCUUCAACAAUAACCUCGGAAUGAAGAGAGCCAAAACAAGGGGGUAACUUGAUUAUCUUCAUUCAGUAUGAUCGAUCCAUAUUUUUGGGGUUUCCCCAGUAAAAGCCACUUCCCUGGUUUAUAUCGGGGCACUGGACCAAGAAGAGUCGUAACUAGAUUUAUGUCUGAAGUGUGUCUGCUACUGGGGAAUUGAUAUUACUAAGGAAUAUCGCCAGUGAGCCAGUUUGCGGUCUUGUUGUGUUUGGCUGUCUGCUUUAGUGCGUUGGGGUCAGGGAUGUAUUUGUGGUAGUAAUGCAAUAAUUGUGGUUAUGCUCAAGUUUUGUUUAGUUGUCGUGGGAGUUUGUAUAGAAAACAUAGAUGUAUUGUUGUAUGACUGUGAGAGGGCGCUCCCCUGGAGCUGGUCCGGGUAGGAGUGCUUUGAACUGAAACCUAUUUAAGUUUUGGUAUGCUGGAAAUAAUUAAUGUUGGUCGCUUGUUUUCCCUGUUCCUUUUUCUUUGAAUAUGUCUAAUGUCAGAUUAUAAGUUUCCAAAGCUGUAAGGAACUGGUGCUCUGGUUCUUUGCAAUCAGGUUGAUCAUUGUCCCAGCACUGCCAGGAAAUUUUAGCUGAACUUUGUUUGUGGCAUUCUAGCUUGUACUCCUUUUUCCAGGAAAUUAUGUUUCUUUGUAGCUUGGAAUUUA